AUGUCGUCUUUUGUCAACCCACUUGAAAAGUACCCGACACCGCGUGCUACGCGGUCGGGCGCGACAGCGUCACAACCUCCCGACACGACCAAAGACAAGUCUGCAAGUGCAGCGCCAUUGCCAGCUGCAAAAGCUGGAAAGGCAACUGCUACGCCUCGACGGUCGCAGGCUGCUGGCGGAAGACGAAGCACCAGAAGCUCAAGUGGUGAUGUGGAUGAUGCCAUCGCCCAAAACAGCAACGGCAAGGGUAAGGGAAAGAAAGCUCAACCUGAACUAGCGCCUGUUGGUGAAGAAGACUCUGAGGAACCUGAGUCUUCCGCGGUCUCCUCAAGUGCGGUAAAACAGCAGCUGGAUAGCGAACUGGCACAUGAAGCUAUUGUAGACUCGCCAAAUGGCCAUGAUAUGUCUGGCGCGACACUCCAACCAGGAGACUCUGAUGCUGAUAGUGGUGAGAUUGAUGCCGUUGCUAUGGUUGAAGCGCUUCCCAACCUCCAAGCUGCAUCUACAAGGCUUCUCGAGUUUUUCUCCUCCAGUUUCUCGUCGCCUAGCCGCAUCGCGGAGUUAGCACGGCACUUGGCCAAUCCAAAAAGCAGCCAGACCAGAAGGUUACAAUACCUGAGUAACAAUUUUUCUUCACAGCUAGAUCUGUUUGGCUCUGACGUUUACAUUUCCCUCGAUAAAAUGACCGCUAUUUUUCCACCUAUUGAGCAUGAAUCAAAGACCUGGCGCGUUGACGGCAUUAUCUACAAAUCAAACUGUGCUCAACUUGCCUUGGAGAUUUUGACUCGUAUUACAAUGACAGAAGAUGCCGAAGAAAGCUUGUAUGCACUCGAGGGGCAAUUUCCAAUGCCUUUUCUCAGUGCACUAGCAAAUGAGAAUAUGGCCAAGAAUGCGGGCAUCAGUGGUCUCCGACGCGAGACAUUUGAUUUGGCACUUCAAGUGAGAACUCAAUUCUUGAAGAUGCGUCUCCUCUAUGAUAAGGGUGUCACAGACCUUGACCCCAACUUGCUAUUACAAGAUGUGUUUUAUAAUGCAAAUCUUGAUUCACAAGCACCAGCAAGUCCAACUCCAACUCUUCGUGGAUUCUCUUUGCCAUCCUUCCAAGAUGUUGAUGGUAAUCUUCCAGAACAAUAUACUAAAGAAGUUAACGACCGCAUCCGUGAAAUUACUGCGUGUUUCCAGGCAGAUGGUCAAGUAGACUUUGAUGCACUCGAUGAGCGGUUUUCGUGGGAGGAAUUCAUUUUCACUGUGGCAAAAUGGCUUMGUUCAAGAAAUGAAGAACUCAACAGUCACCUUGAUCAACAACCACGUGUGGAGGACGUGCUUGAGAAGCUUGAAAACGCAAUGAGUCAAGGAGGCCAAGAGGAUAUAGUUCAUGACACUCAAAUGGGAGAUAAUGCCGAGCCAACGUCUCAAAGACAGGCUAGCCAGCAACAGCGACGUGAGCUGCUUCCGCCAGCGGAGAUCAUGGAAAGGCGUGAAGCAAGAGAGCGACAAUCUUUUGGGGGAUUCCAGAACAUUGUAGCCUUGACUCGCGCCAAAGAGCGUCUGAGUACAGGUGGUAAACAAACGACGCCAGACUUUGGACGCCAACUCUCGAGACUUACUGCCAAGCCGAUCGCACGGAGAUCGCUCCCAGUGACGCCGGCUUCGCGGUACCCUGCAGGACCUGGAGUGUCCGGGUCGCCUGGUGCGCAAUUGGCUCAUCAGGGACGAGCAAACGGCAGACCACAAAAUGCGCAAGCAUUUAUCGACCGCCAAACCACCGCUUCCAAAGUGUCGCCGAUUGAUUCUCAAAGACUUGAUUCCGGCGUCCAGGCAUCGCGUAAACGCGCACGAGAAGAUGACGUGGAUGAAGAUGAAGACGGAGAAUUCGAGAGUGAUGACAGACGCAUUGAUGUACAGGACAGGCGUGCUCAGAAGCCCGUGCAAACCGUUAAACGACCCAGACAUGACCGUGCCGCUUCUCUUCAAGCUCGUCACGGCGCAGACGCUGGUCCAUCGAAUGGGACCGUCGCGCCUGAUGCCUCCCAAUCGUCCCAAGUGUCACCUAUGAAACCAGCACAAACUCGUCGACCAUGGACCUCCGAGGAAGACGCCCAAUUCAUCCGUCUUGUUGAGGAGCAUGGCAUUAGCUGGUCCAAGAUCAAGUCUCAGGAUGAGGUUUCUGGAAGAGUUCUCCAUGCGCGGAAGCAGGUCGACUUGAAGGACCGAGCCCGAAACCUUGUGAUGAUUAAGUUAAAGGGUGGAACACCAUAUGAUCAACUUCCAAAGAACUUUGAGUUGGUUCCAUUGAAAACGGCAGAUGUUGAGAACCUCCGGAAGAGGAACAUUCAAGUCCCAGAGCGAAUUCAGAGACGUCAAACCAAUUAUUUUUGA